AAAAUCUCAUCUCACAAGUCUAUCCAGGUAUUCAAAAAUGGAUUAGAUCACUAAAGCGUGUUAUCUUGUGGGAGUAAGUGGCUACGGGGGCCUCGAACAUAUUAAAUCAUUAUUUGAGUUUUAUGUCCCGGGGAUUGUAUGACGACAAUCCGCGAGAUGCUAGCAUGUAAACAAGACAUUUCGUGCAGUGUAAGCCUUGACCUUUCAAAGGUCAACAGGUACCCGUAUAUUACCUUGGUUUCUAGAGUCCGUUAUCUGAAUGGAGGUAAUUUUUACCAUGCCUUAUUUGAAAUUAGUCCGUAAUUCGGGUGAACGGUAACCAUACGCCAUUUUGUCCAGGUCCAAAUCCAAAAAUUUAGAUGUUUUAUGGGAUGCCUACUGUUGCUUCUUGCGAGACCAAUCUCCAUGAAGUGACGCGCGGUUACUGAGGAAUGGCCUCAGAUGAAACUGAAGACUGCUAUAAAAUCCUUGGAAUAGAAGCGAAUCCCACAUGGGAUGAUAUACAUAGGGCGUACAGAAAAAAAGCUUUGCAAUAUCACCCUGAUAGAUCUCUUAAAGAAAAGGGAGAUUCCUCUGAUGCCAAAUUUACAGAGAUCACUGCUGCGUAUAAAUCUAUUAUAGCUGAUGAUAUAGAUGAUAGUUUGGACAAUGAACAGAUAUUCUUUAACUUAUUCCAAGAUGUCCUUCUAUCUAAUAAAAGAGAAUUGGGUGUUUAUACAUUCUUCUCAAGUAUUACAUUAGGUGCUACCCCCAAUGCGGAUGACAUGUACAUUGAAGAUGUUGAACAAUCAUCAGAGUUUGAUAAAUUUGUAGAAAUCAUUAAUAACAGUCGCAAUAAGGGAAAACCAGUUCCAGACGAGUUUACCAAUGAUAAGUUGGAUAUUUUAAGAGAACAAUUUAACGAAGAAAGAGAAAUAUAUAAAGCUGAUUUAGAGGAAAGAGACUCUAGUAGCAAAUCAAAGCCUUCUACUCAGGUGCAGGUUUUAAAACCUAAACCCAAGUCGAAGAAACAAAAAGCCGCCGAACAAAAGAGGCGGGAGCGGGAAAUGGAAAAGAUUGCUGACGAACUUGCCGAGAAACAAAAACUUGAGGAAGUUCGUGCAGAGAAGAAGAAGAAAGCAGAAAUUGAAAAACAAAAACGCAACGAAGAAGAAAGGAUAAAACAAUUAGCUGAAGACAAGAAACAAAAAGAAAGGGAGGAGAAAGAGCGUUUAGAGCGCGAGAAACGCGACAAGCUCGAAGAGCAUCAACGUCUCGCUGAAGAAGAGGAAAAACGUAAACGAGAACGUGAGAAAGAGGAGAAAAAGAAACAAAAGGCUACAGCAGCCAAACAGAAGCAACAAGAACAAAAAGCUAAAGAAGACGAAGAGCGCAAGAAGAAAGAGAAAGCCAAGCAGCAACUAGCAGCUAGCCAAGCUGCGCAAUUAGCUGCACAACAGCGCAAUUAUCCCCCAAGAGAGGUGCCGCCAAGAUUUGCUCAAAAGCAACAAACCCAACAACAGAAGAAGUCACCAAGUUCGGGUCAGGUGACCCCUCAAUUGUCACCACAGUCAACGACUUCGUCUAAUACGUCGUCAGCGCAAAAAAUAGCGUCACAAACAGUACAAAACAUGCAACAAAAUACAAAGAAACAAAAUAAUACAGCUGUGAAACAAAACGUGUCAGGUGUAUCAGAUCAGUGGUCUGCGGGAACAGGAAGUACUAGUGCUGCCACUGGUUGGGGAAACGAGGAACCAGGUGACGGUGGUUGGAGCAGUGGUGCACACACUUCAGGAAGUGGGUGGACUGAUAUAGGAGGAGGAGAGAGUGAUCCACAAGUGGAAGGUGCCGACAGUGGCUGGGGUGUAAGCAGCACAACUGAAGCCAAUUGGGGAGGUUUAGGAACCUCACUCAAACAAAACAGUAUCGUUAUAGACACAAAGGACAAGGAGCAGUGGCCGAGUAUCGGCAACCAAUCAGAAAGUGCCUCAGAAGCAGGCGACGCUGACAACGCGUCAGUCAAAUCAGGAUCUGUGAUAUCAAGCUCAAGUAAUCCCGGUGUGACGGGAAGUAUCGACUUAGGUCAAGGGUCGAGUGCCAUUCAGGUCGCAGCCUCUAGCGGCUGGGGAAGUACAGAGGAGGAUAGUGGGUGGGGAGACGUUCCUACCAGUCAGAACUCUAAUACAGUAGGAGGCUGGAAUUCCAGCAACUCCACUAACCAGCAGGCCACAGUCAAUAUGCAACAGUCGAAUCCACCAGUGUCUGCGCCUGCAUCCAGUAGUAGCAGCGGAAGCAGUGCCCCAGACACACAAGUUACGCCUGCUACAUCAGGUAUAGAUGUCUCUAGUAGUCUCGGAUGGGGCACCAGUGUGGCCCCAGGUAGCAGCAGACCACCUGGCAGUAUUUUAAGCAACACUGGUGCUCAAGGAGGGGAGUCAGGCCCCACUAGCGCCAUAGGGGGCCUUUUCCAGGGUAUUAAUUUUAAUCCGGGUAGUCUGCCUGGGCUCCAGAACCCAGGUGGAGCGAAAGAAUCAGGCUGGAAUAUGAAUUCUGGUCUCAGUAUUUCCAGCAAUGGUGCCGAGUCCAAUGUCAAUAAUGCUGCAAUAAAGGCUGAUGGGGGAAGUGCUAACAAUCAACAGUUUGGAGUAUUCUCAGGAGGGUCAUCUGGAUGGGGUGUGCCACCCACCACCAGUGCCCCGCAACGUCAGGACAGCAAAGCUUCUGCCACCAGCUCCACAGGCUGGGGGGAUCCUAGUCCCAAUGCAAGUCCCAAUCCUAACAGUGCAGGCUGGGGUAACCCGACACCAUCAUCAGCUGCUGGUCAGUGGGGUUCUACCCCAGGGGGGAGCGCCGUCAACUCCCAGUCAGGCCAAUGGGGCCAAAAUCCUGCCAACCCAAAUCCUGCCACUGAGAAGCAACAGCAGCCGGCAUCAUUCGCCAAUGCUGCAGCCAAGGGCCUGAAUUUAGCUGCCCAGCAACAACAGACGCCUGCUCAGCUGCAAGCGCGCAGCCAAAGAGAGGAGAUUGAGGCAGCCAUCAAUGACCCCACUGGCUGGGGACGCGGCGUCAAGCAAGACAGCCAAUGGGACUGUGCACUCUCACCAAAGUCCAAACGCAAAAAUCCAGAAGAUGAUUCGGUUUGGCAUCAACCAAAUGAUGGAACUGCAAUAUGGGAAUCAUCCAAAGUGAACAAGGAGCCACCAGGGCCUCGACCUGGUGAUUGCCCCAACUGGGACAACCCACCGCCACAGCCAGCCACUGAUGGCUGGAACAACAAGCCUCCAACACAAAGUGCCAAUUCAGACUGGGAAGGCCGUAGAAACAACCCAGAGAGCUGGAACAAUGGACAGGGACGUAGCAAUGAAUGGGGAGGGACAACUAACAGUGUCAAUAGCCGACCUAACAAGGAAUGGGGAGGAGCACCUAACAGUAAUCAAUGGAAUGGUAACCCUAGUAACCAACCACCUCCUAACAACCAGCCUCCACCUGGCAACCAGUCCUGGGGAGGCCAACAGGGACCACCCCCAAAUAGAGCACCAGGAGGGCCUCCACCCAAUGGCUGGAACAGUGCUGGUAAUAAUCAAGGGCGUCCUAGUAACAGUGGCUGGGACAGCAAACCCAACGCUGGUGGCUCAGACUGGAACAAUCCUCCACCUGCAGUAAACAGCCAAAAUAGUGGAUGGGGAGGUAGCCAACCUAAUGGACCCACCAGUAACAACCAGUGGGGGAACCAGCAAGCACCCCCUCAACAGCCACCACCUCAACAGAACAACUGGGGAGGCAGCAACCCCCAGCAGGCUAACAGCAACAAUGAAUGGGGUCAGAGCAAGGCUGACACAUCAGGAUGGGGAGGCACUCCUCAACAACCAGCCCAACAGGCUCCAGGACCCAAGAUGUCCAGCUCCAGUUGGGACAGCACCGCUAGAGGCUCCACAUCUAGCUGGGGUGACGGCAGCAACACUCCCACCACCCCAGGGCCUCAGCCCACAGGAUGGACCGCAGGACCACCACAGGCAAUUCCUGAUGUGAAGAAGAUUGAGCCUACUGGAUGGGGUGAUGCCAGUCCACCGUCAUCUCGCAAGAACGGCUCUAAUAUAGAUGCUGGAACAUCAUUCUGGGGUGACCCUAAGUCUCAAAAGCCCCAAGGUUGGGGAAGUCAAAGCAGUGCCCCUACCACCCCACAGACCCCAGGCCCACCAGGGGCAGGCCGUAAGAUGGAGGAUUAUAAUAGGAUGAAUGGACAGAAACCUAAUGGAGGUUGGGGUGAUGCUACUGGACCAGACAAUCCAACAAAUGAUGCGGCUGGCUCCCUCUGGGGCUCCACAGGGCAGCAGCAGAAAGGUGCACCAGGCCAGGGAGGAGGCUGGGGGGACAAUCACUGGACUGGGGGGCCAGGAGGACAGCAGUCUGCACCCUCAGGACCCAAGCCUCAGGGAUGGGGAGAUAAUGACAAUGGAUCUUGGAAUGCCCCAGGCCAGAAGCGCAAUAAUUCCUGGAAUGAGGGUGGUUCUAAAGCUUGGAAUGAGGACACAGACAUGGGUGAAUGGACCAGUGAUGCUGAGAAGUCUGCUCUCUGGAGCAGUGCCCCUGGUCCUAGACCAAACACAAACUCAAAUUGGGACAACAGAGAUAAUAAUCCAGUCAGAAAGCCUUCAUUUCCUACUGGUGGUGCUAUGACAUACAAUAAACAGCCUCAAAUGAGAGUAAAACUGCUGCAGCAAUUGAUGGAGAUGGGCUUUAAGAAAGAUGAGGCCCAGCAUGCUUUGAUCAACAAUAAUCUUAACCUGGAGAGUGCCAUUGCUGACUUACUCCACGGUGCUAACAAGGAUGAAAUAAACUUGACUGGGCUGGGUGGUCUUCCGGGACGCCGGCCAACUUCAUUCCAGGACCAACUGGCCGAUCACAUAUCCGAUACUCAGACCGACGCCAACUCGUUCAAUGUGCCUGUCAUCCCUGGCUCUAUGCACAAUACUCCUACAACCACCAAUGCUCAACUCACCAACCUACAAGCCAAUUCCGUCAAAGGUCCUAGUCUGAACCCUAGUCUCAGUAUGCCCACCAAUCACAGUAUUAAUCCCUCCCUCCAGCAGAAGUUGAUACUUGCUCAACAGCAACAGCAGCAGCAACCCACUGCCAACAACCCCCCUCAGAAUCAACAGCAGCAACAGGCAGCCAUGCGCAACCAGAUGCAGCAACCACCGCCACUUAAUAACCCACAAAUGGUUCACCAACAGCUGCAGAACCAAAUCGUUCAGCAGCUACGUAUGGCCGUACAGGCCGGCCUUAUUAACCAGUCACUGUUGAAUCAACAGCUGACUCCACAGAUGUUAACCAUGCUGCAACAUCUGUUACAGCUGCAGGCUGUUCUGCAGAGGUUGUUGCAACAGCAGCAGAUACUGCAACAGCAGAAGAAUGCAAAUCCGCAACAGCAGCGACAACAGCUGGGGGAGAUCAUGUUGAUGAUCCAGAAGAUCAAACAGCAGAUCCUCAGUCAGCAACAGAGCAUUGCGCAGGCCCAACAGCCAGAAGGGCCUCAGGGCAAUCAAGCCAUGAAGCAAGAUGUGCUCACCAACUUGCCAUCAGACCUAUCUCAACUCAAGAUAGGUGCCGAUAUUCAGCCAAAAAGUAAAUCUCGGCUGGAGAUGUGGAAGCUCCCAUCUCCAGAGAAAGACGAAGGUGCCGGCCUCAAUAAAGCACCCGGAUCAAAACUACCAAUCCAUCAAUCGCAUUCCACACCUAAUUUGCAGUCCAAGAUUCCGGAGCUGCCCUCUGUCGGGGGCGAUAACCCUUGGUCGACAUCGACCAGCAGCAGUUCUAAUUGGCCAACAUCUAGUGCCAUUACAAGUACCAGCCAAUCAGAAACAGAUCCCAAACUUGAAUCUCCCGCCAACGCGGAAGCAGAUGACAUGAUAGCAGAGUUUGUUCCAGGGAAGCCAUGGGCAGGCUUUAAGACGAUUGAGGAUGACCCAAACAUGACACCAGGAAGUAUCGCAAGUAGCUACAGUGUUGCUACACCCAAAGAAGAAUCGAUCCAGUCUCUACUAAACAAGACCACCAUGGGCACCUCUGCCACGCAGUCAUUUAGCAGUGGGCGCUCACUAAGCACAUCUUCUGCAACAUCUUGGAGCACAGGAGAUGCACCUUCAUCUACAUCUCCCUGGAAUGCUACUAGCAAAGCAAGCGCUGCUCCAGCCCGCCCACCUCCAGGACUUGGGGGCAAGAAUAGUCGCCCUGGUUUGAAUCGCAGCGAAUCUUGGGCUCCAGGAGAAAGAUCUGCUUUCCAACCAGUGAGCAGCUCUGGUUCAAUGUAUAAUAACAACAAUCUUGGCUGGAUGGUGAUGAGCAACCUGUCAGCUCAAUUCGAUGGCAACACACUGAAGGCAUUAUGUGCACAACACGGUCUAGUACGCCAAUUUUUCCCCAAUUUGAGUUAUGGGCACGCACUCGUGUGCUACGCUUCACUGGAUGAGGCUAUGAAGGCACAAAAAGCAUUAAAUAAUUGUCCACUUGGAGGCAGUAGUAUCCAGGCAGAGGUUGUGACGGAAGGAGAUGCUCAGAAAUAUGUUGAGAUGCAGAAUUCCCUUGCCCCCACCGCUACAGCGCCAUCAGCGAUUAAUGCUGGUCGGAACAGCAUGUGGGGUGGAGGCAAGGAUCCUGGCCAGUGGAACGGCAGCAGCUUUGGGCUUCAGGGGGGUAUGUGGGGAGGGAGUAUGGGGGGAGGUGGUCUCUGGGAUGAUAACCACCACAACCUCUUGACAGAAAACCUUUUAGGAGGGCAGUCUAUGUAGUCUUAUAUCACUGCUGACAACUGAACUCUAAUACAGUAGAAACAUUCAACUAUUCAUCUAUCGGACUACCAAGCCGACGGAACACAAAUAAACAAUAAAAAAACUACAAAACAAACAAAAACAAUAAUGUAUGUCGUUUAUAACAUUAACAUGUAAUGAUGAGCAACUUUUUAUUAUAACUUAGCAUUUAAAGGGUCAUUAUCCCAUGCAAUCUGUUUGAUCUCUGAUCCCGGUCUACGGGGCAGUAUUGUUGGAGCUUACGGCUGAGAGACGCAGCAUUCCAAGUACGUAAAUAUAAUAUGACAUAAUAAUCUGAAUGCAAGGCUAAUUUUAUGGUGCUAUUUGCUUCAAAGAAGCCAGGCACACAUUGUAUUGUAUAUUUUUAAUUCAAACUUCAUGUGGAAGUGUCGGCGAUAGUGAGUCUUUCAAGUGUAUGCUUUACUUAUUAUUAUUAAAAUAAUUAACGGAGCUGUUUUACUUGCGAGAUGCAACACCUCCAUUCACCAUGAUAUGAUAUAUACCAAAAAAUAUUAUUAAUAUAAAACUGAAAAAAAUCGAAAAAAAUACACUAAAUGUCCAGUGCUCUCAUAUGAGUGGGUGUGGAAUACAUAUUGAAGCAUGCACAGUUGCCAUGGUGUAGUAGCAGAGUUAUUAUUAGUAUGUAGUAGUCAAAUGCAAUGAUGUACAUGUAUGUACCAUGUAAUUGGAAACAUAUGAUCUGUAUCAUGUUUUUAAUGUCCCAUAUGGGUACCUAUCUCUUCCACAAUGUGUACUAGAGUGCUCAGGGGGCAGUGUUCUAUAUGCCUCUCGUGUCUUAAGUCUUUAUCCAGUGUGAUAUAAAUAGCAAUGACAAUGUAUACUACCUAGUGGAAAAAAGUAAAUAUCAAAUAAAAUAAGCACUAGGAACCGUUUUUGGUUUCAAGCUGUACUACUUAAAAAUCA